AUGGCCCCAAGCCCAGGCUCCAGUUGGUUGCUCAGGCCAACACCCUUUUGGUGCCCAUCUUCCAUCCCCAGCCGGCAGUCGCUGCCGUCUGCCGGCUCCCUGCCUACUGCUGACCUGAGAGAAGAGCUCCUGAGGGUCAAGGCAAUGGCUCAAGUGCCUGCUGCCCUGGCCCCGUGCCCAAACUCCUGGGAGCCUUUAGAUCCAGCUCAGAUUCAGAAGCUCAUUUGCAGGAGCCAAGAAGCCAAGAAGUUUGCCUACUGCCCCUACAGUAACUUCCCAGUGGGGGCAGCUCUCCUGACCCUGGAUGGCAAGAUUUUUUCAGGAUGCAACAUAGAAAAUGCUGCCUACCCAUUAGGCAUCUGUGCAGAACGCACUGCCAUUCAGAAGGCCAUCUCAGAAGGGUACAAAGAGUUCCGGGCCAUUGCUAUUACCAGUAACUUGAAGAAUGACUUUAUCACACCAUGUGGAGCCUGUAGACAAGUAAUGAGAGAGUUUGGAAAACAUUGGUAUGUCUACAUGACAAAAGCAGAUGGUACGUAUGAUGUCAGGACAGUCCAUGAACUACUGCCUGCAUCGUUCGGACCCGAGGACCUGCAGAAGUCCAAGUGAACCCUGACAAUGGAAUUGUCCGAUUGAAAGCCUUUUCAACCACCUAGAAGAUUCACUCUCAGUAUUGUCCAGUAGCAUCAUCCCCAGAGCAAUAUUGAUAUGAAUCAACCCCAGUGCUGACUAGGUCCAAAGCCCUGGCUUAGGUUGCUGCUUCUUCAUCUCCUAUUUAGUCUGUGGAUGUCUUUGCCAUUUAUAUUUGAAGUGCCUUCAACAUAUUACAUGAUGAUAGUGAAAAGGACACUAGCCUGGGAGUCGAGAGACCUUUAUUCUAUUCCCAUUUCUGCCUCCAACUUCUUGUGUGACCUUACAUUAAUUAUUUAGCCUCUCCAACCCUUUUCUGUCAAGUCAGAACGUUCACCUAAAUCUGGGGUUCUUAAUCUUGUUUUUGUCCUGGAAAGUCUGGUGAAGCCUGUGGAACCCCUUCUCAGAAGAAUACACAGGAUCACAAAGGAAAUCAAUUCUAUUUAAGUACUAAUGAAACAGCAGAAACAAGUUCACAGAGCCCAGGUUAAGAACCUCUGCCCUAGAUAGUCUUGGAGGUUCUUUCCAACUCAAACAUGCUGUGUGUUAAGAUCCAUUCUAUGUGUUGUGGCUCAGCUCUAAUGUUCUAUUCUCAGGUUUCUAUUGUUCUCAGACCCUCCCUGGGAACUGGAGCUUUCACUGAACACAGGUGCUAAUCAGGAAUCUGCUGACAGCCAAGAUUUUUUUCUGUCUCCACCUUUAUUGUGGAUGUGGUCAGGAAGUAAUGGAAAGGAAUUAUCCAGUUACUAUAUUAAUCCUACAUGGCUGGAGCCAAAAUAAUUGCCCUUUGGUGGCCAACCUUCCAAUGCUUUAGUUGGAGCUAUGGGGGGUCAAAGUCACUGUGUAUUCAUGGCUUGAGUUGUAUUCGAUGAGCGCCAUCCCACAAAACCAGGAGGUGUGGCUCCCCACCCCUCAAUGUCACUGAAACAACCCAAAACAUCACACAACAACCCAGAAACAUACAGCUCUGCCAGCUUAGUGACAAACAUCAGAAUUGUAUGUCCUUGACUAAUGCAGAAAUAUGUUUAAUGUGAUUGUACAUAUAUAACCUCUAUCAGAUUGCUUUCUGUCUUGGGGAAGGGGGAGGGAG